AUGUAUAUAUAUAUUUAUGUAGGAGCGAGUAUAUUUAAGGCUAAAACAGAGCAAGAGAAAAGCAUUUCAGCUCCUUGGUUCAGUGGGGAAAGGCACCCGCCGCCAGGCCUGACGACCUGAGUUCCAUCCCUAGAACCCACAUGAUGAAAGGAGAUAACAGAUCAUUGCCCUCUGACCCCACAGGUAUGCCAUGGUGCAUGUGUGUGCCUCCGCCCAUGUACAAAAUAGUAAAAAAGCUAGAAGUAAUAAAGCAAUUUAAAAGCCAGUUAAUUAUAAAGGAAGGUAUCUAUGAGGAUGGUGAUAAAAAGCUGUUAAGGGAGCGGACUGGGGACAUGUUGGACCCCAUAUAAUAAGGUAGUGGGAGGAGAUGCUGGUUGAGAGGCCUGGAUAAAGUGGAGGCAACCUCAAGGUUCAUGAAACAGGUAACCCGGAGGGACAGAUGCAAAUUAGGGCUUGGUCUAUCUGUGGGAAGGAGAAGCCCAGCAGAAGUCUCACAGAACAGGUGGGGAGGGGGAGGAGCAGCAGGAGGGAGGGAGGAAGGGAGGGAGGGAGGGAGGGAGAGAAGCGAGGGGGCAGGUCAUGCAGGGUGGGGCUCUGACUAUAAAGGAUGAAGCCAGUCCAUUGAUUCCACACGGGCAGUACACCCUAGAAGCAGGUGCAAGCUCUCCGGAUCACACCGGCACUGGUGGCCCCACUCAACCUUCCAGCAGCUGGAGAAGAGAUCUAGUCUGCACCAUGAAACUCUGGCUCUUUGCCUGCCUGCUCGCCUGCUUUGUUGGGGCCUGGGUGCCUGUUGCCCAUGCCCAAGGUGCCUUUGAAGACUGCUGCCUGGGUUACCAAUCCAAUCUCAGAUGGAGUAUUCUCAAGCGUGCUAAGUGUUAUCGCAAGCAGGAAGUGAGUGGGAGCUGCAAUCUUCCAGCUGUGAUAUUCUACUUCCGCCAGAAAGGCCCGGUGUGUGCGAACCCGGAGGAUAAGGACGUGAAGAGGAUCUUGUUGCCUAGGAACAAGCCAGUUGGCAGUCCCAAGAAGUGCACCCCAGGUUCUCAUACUGAAAGAAAGAAGUCAAAUCAUGCAAAGUCCAAGUUAGGGAACCUCAGAAUUACCAGCAGGAGGAAUGCCACCCUAGGCCGGCCUAGGGUGGUGAGGAUGACCAGAAAGAUCACCCAUUAAGUUACUCAGAGUGAGCACCGUCUGGAGAAUGAGAGGAGUCCCCUGAAGUGCUGUCUUCAGGGCAUGACAUGACCACUGAACUCAUCAACUCACAGGAGCUACAGUUACCUGUACUUGACUGGACCCAGCAACGUUUCAGCAUGGACGAGAGAGGGAUUUCUGGAGCCCUACCCCAUGCCGAGGAGCUAUUGGCUGUUGAUGAUUGCUGGGGGAAGGGUGUCUUUUUUCCCAGAAGUGUUGCCAUAGUCCAGUGUACAAUCCCCCCACCCAUGCUCAUACAAGCAACCCUAAUCAAAUGCAGUGAGUCACACACAAAGGAAAAGAGGGACAAAAGCAGGGGCAGGGCUUGCUAGGAAGAAAGCAUUCAAAAGGACCGAGGGGACUAGAGGAGGAUGUGUGUGACAAUGGUCAAAAUGCCUAUAUUUGUGAAAUGGUCAAAGAAUUAAAAAUAAAAAAUGUAAAAGCCAUUAAAAACUAAUUACUUGAGCCGGGUGGUGAUGGCAAAUGCCUUUAAUCUCAACACUUGAGAGACAGAGGAAGGCAGAUCUCAGUGAGUUCCAGGACAGCCAGGGCAAUACAGAGAAACCCUAUCUCAAACAACAACAACCACCUAAUUACUCACAGUGAUGUCUGGUAUGUAGAAUGCUCUCAGGAAGUUAAUGCCAGUAUUUCAGAUUUACCUGCUAUAAAUCAGGGUUCCUGUGACCCCUAUUUUAUUCAGUCAAUUUUGCUAGGUGAUCAGUUCCCAGGAGUCAGGGAAUCACUUUUCUUAUAUUUCUUGAUUAUUCUAUAGGAUGUUAUAAAGGCUAUGGAUGAUCUAGGGUUGGUGUUGCUGAAGGAGUCUGUCUUAGUUGGGGUUUCUACUGCUGUGAAGAGAUACCAUGACUAUGGCAACUCUUAUAUAGAAAAUCAUUUAAUUAGGUGGCUUACAGUUCAGAGAUUUAGUUCAUUGUCAUCAUGGCAGGACAUGGCAGCAUGCAGGCAGAUGUGGUGCUGGAGAAGGAGCUGAGAAUGAGGAAGCUACAUCUUGAUCUCAAAGGCAAUAGGCAGUGAGCUGUCUCACUGGGUGUAGCUUCAGCAUAUAUGAGACCUCAAAGCCCACUCCCACAGGGAUACACCUCCUCCAACAAGGCCACACCUCCUAAUAGUGCCUUUCCCUAUGAGCUUAUAAGGUCCAAUUGCAUUCAAACUACCACAGAGUCUAGGUGGGAUAAUCACAAGCUUCAGGCCAAUCUGGGUUAUAGUGCAAGUUUGAGGCUAGCGUGGGAUACAUAGCAAGGCUCUGUCUCAAAAUACAAACAAACAACAAAUAAAUAAAAACUAAACCAAAACAGGACUGAGGAGAUGACUCAGCGUUAAAGAAUUUGCUAUGCAAGUGUGAGGGUCUGAGUUCAAAUCCCCAGAAACAAGUAAAAUUGGAUGUGAUAGUGUGUGUUUGUAAGCCCAGAGCUCCGGUAGUAAGAUGGGAGACAGGAGAUGCCCCUGGAAGAUGAGCUAUGGCUAUAAUCAGCAGCGAGCAACAGACUCUGUUUCAAGCAAGGUGUGAGAUGAGGGUUGACAUCUGAUUCUGUCCUCUAACUUCCAUAUUCAUCCUGGGGGGAUGGUUCUUGAGAUUCAGAAAGUCCCUGAAACUUACCCGGUGACAAGGCCUCUUCCUCGCAGAGCUUAUACAAGCAACAGUAAGGACUGCUGAGGAGAGGAGACUCUCCAACUUGAGAGUUGUGCAGGGAGUGCUGGGAUUGCAGAAGCUUUUGUGAAUCUGCACUCGGGCCAGGAUGGGUUUUCAGUGAUAUAACUGCCUUUGAGCCAUACAAAGUAAGUAAGCCCCCACUCAUGGUCCUUUAAGUAAGCCCCCACUCAUGGUCCUGUAAGUAAGCCCCCACUCAUGGUCCUGUAAGUAAGCCCUCACUCAUGGUCCUGUAAGUAAGCCCCCACUUAUGAUCCUGUAAGUAAGCCCCCACUUAUGGU